AUGAAUGAGGAAAGGAAGAAAAACAAUUCAGAAAGAAUAACUCGUAAAAUGAUUUUGGAUAUAAAUGUCAAUGGAAAAUUAGCUGUUGCUAUUAUGGAAGCUUCAUCAGUCUUCAAAACGACACUAAAACAAAUUAGCGCUCUACUUCCAAACGCUGUACAACUCCAUAUCAGUGAAGGUAUGGUAAGUUACAGUUCCCAAAAUAAUCUAAUGUGCCUAUAUCGAAGUGAUGGUAACAUGUAUCACUACCAUCGACGAGCUUAUCACACCCAGCUACGACCACCAAUUACUAUUUUUAUGGAAGAUGAUGACCAUAAAAUUUUCAAACUUAUCACAAAGGAUACAUUUCCAUAUCGGCAAUAUAAUCACAAAAAAAAUUAUAACACUAUGAACAGCAUGCAAUUACGUAAAGUAAUGAGAUCAGCAUACUUUCGACAUAAGAAUCAGCAAUUACCAGGACCAGUCAGAUCAGCCAAACUUUCUGGUAAUGGCUUCUUGCAUCCAUCAAUAUCACCUAGUUAUGGCCAUCAGUGGAAAGAAAUGCAAGAAAUGACAAUGAGAAAUAAACAAAACACUUAUCGGUCUAUAAGCUACAAAAAGCAAAACCUACAUGCUCAACCAAUAAUAGGAAAAAUUUCAUAUAAAAGACAGGACAAAGAGAGUGAUACCAUGCGAAGAGACAGUGAAAGAAGUAAAAAAUUUGUAACUGAUGAUGUUCUUCGUUCUUUUGGCGUUCUCGCUUCCGACUACUCGCGUUAUGCUAAUCAAAGCAACUGCAAAGAUGUCAAUUCUCUAAUUGCUUAUAUGAACUAUUCUUUGAACAUUUGA